CGCGAUACACACACGUUCCCUUCAUUCAUUUUCAGUCUGUCCAUAACCGAGUGUUUCUACUGGGGUACAAAUUUCGCGCCAUGCGGUGAAGUUUGUCAGGUGCAACAAUCCCAAAGUGAUGGUUUUUUUUUUUUUCUUCGAUCGUUUGAUCAAUAGAGGAAGGAGAAGUGGAUUUGGCGGUCGAGUCACGUGCACGUGAACGAGAGGAUACGUGCCAGCUGACCAUUAGGACGCAGUCGAUCGUAGAGGGUCGGGAAAACCACAAGGCCCGAGGAGACAGAGGAACAACGACCGACUACCGAAACACUUGAACCCGUCACAAAGCCACCGCGCACCUCAUAUUCCUUAUACACAUGCAGAGCGAAGAGGAGGUCCUCAGCCUCCGCCAAAGGGGGUGCGACGGAGCCGACACGUGAUCCCUGAAACCGAGCGCGCGUGCCUGCCGGCCCUCAUACGCUCCACGUAAUAUAUUUAUCGUACGGAGGAUGGCGUGACGCCGGCGCGUGUACCACCCACACAGGAGGUUACAUGUACAUUGUGCGUAAUGUACGGGGGUAAAAUGUGUCGCGCGCGUGCGAAAUUACCGUCGCUUGUGGUAAGGGAGCACCGGGGCCGAGGGACGAUGACCCACUGCGGACGGGAGAAACGCCUCCACGAGUUGCUACUGCUGCCCGUGGAGUGACGAUAACCACGCGCGCUGGUUGUGAUUCAAAAAGAAAAAUCAUUUCAAAUCCACCCGCCCAAAGUGCAUCGGGGGAGAUGGCCGCGACGCCGGCACUGGUCCUCCUCCUCUGUACCCUAGUGCUACUACCUGCAGCCUCGGUUACUCCCGGGGCGAUGGACCUGGUUAUACGCAACACCGCCAACGGGGAUAUGCCCGCGGGGAACACUGACCGAGACGACGACGUCGCCAGGAGCAGCGGGACGGACAAAUCGACGGAGCUGCAGUCCAACCUGCACGGCUCGAUGUGCAGCAGGUCCGGCAACAAGAUAAGCUGCGAUUGCAAGAACGACGAGAAAAAGGGAUUGAGCUUGGAGCUGAGCAAGGAGCAGAGAUCCGAGCCGAGUAGCCGGUACGUCAAGGAGCUCGUGGUCGAGAAUUGCGCCUCGGUGAGGCUCGGCCGCAACGCCCUGACCCCGAUGCAGCAGCUCAAAUCCGUCAACCUGACCAACAUCGGCGCCCUCGUCCUCGAGCCGUACAGCUUCAACCUGUCCGCGCAGGCGAGCGACGUCCAACUGACGAUCAACAGCACGAGGAUCGACACCCUCCCGAGCAACGUCUACGACGGCAGCAUCCAAAACAUCAAGCUGACCAACGUCAGGCUGGGCUACCUCGCGGCCUACUCCUUCUCCAAUCUCCGGGGCACCUCCAGCAUCGUCCUCACCAACUGCGACGUCGCCGAGCUCAGCCGGUACGCCUUCCGCCGGUUCGAGGUGCGGGUCCUCCACGUCAACGGCGGCACCUUCGGCCAACACCUCGUACCCGAGCACGCCUUCAACGACGUCGUCGUCCCCGAGACCUUCGUCCUGAACGGCGUGCGCAUGGGCACCCUCGAGAGCUCGGCCUUCGCCGUCGAGGGCACGGCCACCCUCGUCGUCAAGCGCUGCAGGAUCGGGCGCCUCGAGCCCGCCGCCUUCAACGUCACCGUAGCCAAGACGGUCCUCUUUACCGAGAACUCCCUCGGGACUGUCGAGCCCGGGGCCUUCGAGUGGAUACGCGCCGCGGACCCCGACGGCACCACCUCCCGCACCUUCAAGUUCAAGGCCAACAACCUCACGGACUUUGGGGAGGGCUCGCUCGGCUUCGACCGGCACAGCUUCGACAGCGUCGAGCUGGCCAACCUCCUGGUCAACCAAAGCUGCGACUGCGACUCCUUGGCCACGUGGAGGCGCCGGAUCCUGGGCUCGGUGGACGUGGUCGACUCGGAGGCCGCGUUGUCGUGCCUGGCCGGGGACGGGCAGCCGGUGGGCUUCGCCGAGUACGAGGCUCGCGGUUGCGUCCUCGGGAGCAGUUUGGUUGUCCUGUUGUCGGUGAUCGGGGGUUUGCUGGUGGUGCUGGCCGGGGCCGGGUGUUUGGCGGUCCACCUGGGCCGAAGGUGGCACAGGCACGGCCGCAAAACCAGUUGGAGUAGUUUGCCCAUGAGUACACCCGACGUGGUCUCGAACAAGAGCAAGAACGGCUUUGCCGAGCAGUUGGCAGCCACGGGGUCGCAGCAGCGGGGCGGGGCGCCGUUGGACAGCAAGGUGACGAUGAUCGUGCCCGACGGCAGGUUGUACCGCGAGACCGAGAUCCACGUGGUCGUCGAGAAGGUCGAGCCCCUCACGACCGAGUUGUAACGAGAGCCGCCGCCGUCGCGGCUCACCUCAUCCUCCUCUUCCGCGGCGAGGGACUCGCGACGGCGUCGGGGCUCGGUGGGUAGGGACAGGCCCCACUACCAGUACCACCGACAGCAGCAGCAAUGCGAGCUUUUGCUCAUGGAGGACCAGUCCAGGGUCUACAGACUAUGACGAACGAGCGACGACGAGGCAGGUCGUGUGCUUCGUUUGGACCUGGCUGACACUGACGUGUGACCAAUUGUCGCUGCUCUUAUACACAAACUAAUCCAAAUUUAAGAGAAUGGCGAUCGAUGUGCGAGUUUUUUUGUGAGAGAGCCGACCAAAGUUUGCGUGUGAUUACCGGGACUCGUUUGAGAGAGAAGCGCGAGAUUUCGUCUUGGAACACAAUAUUGUUAUACAAGCGCGGGUGUGCAGCGAGCGAACAAAUUACAUAUGCAUAUACAUGUAGAUGGUUAUGUAUCACAGUGUGUCGUUUGUUAUGUAUAUGUAUAAUAUAGUGUAUGUUUCACUCAAUUGUAAGUAGAUGAUGAGCGUUACUGCGAUGUAUCGGUAUUUUUUCUCGCGUGAUUCUACCAUAGAGAGAGUCGCGCGAGGCGCUGACUGUAAUAUUUAUUAGUUGUUUUUUUCCUUUUUUUUCUUUGUUGCGAUUACGUAUAUUUAUACAGCGAAACUGUCGAAUCAAGGAGGCUUUCGACCGUACCUGGGCGUUCCUCAGAAAACACAAUCUACGCAAACCUAGGAUUAUUGAACCUUGUAAAAUAUUUGGAUUACUUUUCUUGUGAAUAAAUUGUGAUCUAUACUUUGAUAAAAAUAACAAAACAGAACAAAAAUUUCGAUGAA